AUGAAACUACACAACACUCCUAAAUACUUUUCUUCUGGCUUUAAAGCUAAACCUCACAAGUUAUCAAAGCUUACAAUUGAGCUGCCAGAUGUUGAUGAGUCUACUCCUGAACCUCCAAAGGUUCAAAGCUGCAAAAUGACAAGACAGUCUCCAUCACACCGACUUAUAGGUAAGUUGUUUUAGUUAACCUAUGCAUCAGUGCAAUUUCUUUAUUAUCUAUUUUUCUAUGAUUUACCUAUUUUUCAAGCUUUUAAAGCAGAAAAAAAAUUAUAUAAAUUAGAAUAUAUCAAGACCUAAAACAAUAAGUAAAACUCCUACAAGCUUUCAACCACCUUCAACAAAAGUGAAAAAUAAUUCUGCUAGCAGCACACCUAUAGGUGGAUUUAAAUCUUUUCAAUUUCCAUCCACAACAAGAAAUGCUGAUCUCAGCAAAACUCCGCUGCCUUUAAAAUCUCUAUCUGUCAAAAACAUAUACAAGCCUAAAGUCCACACAUUCAAAAAGAAGCCAAAACCGAAUACCAGCAGCUCAGCAUUUAAAAAAAUGUCUACUUGUAUCACCAAAACACAAAAAUCAGAAAAAAUCCCUGAAACAGGGUCUUCUCCGAAUAUUGCUAGUGUAAUUACCCAGCUUAAAUCAAACCAGCCUUAUGAAGCAAGUCGGUCUGGUGAAGAUGAUGCUGAGGCAGCAAAUAAUUUAUGAUAUAAAGAACAUCUAUAUACUACUUUUCAAGGUCUGCAACUGGUUAGAUUAUUUCCACCUGCUGAUAUGAAACUAAUUAAAAAAAAACGAUUAAGUGUCCCAAUAAGAAAAGGGUAUGAAAAUGCGAAAACUGUGAUUUUUGAUUUGGAUGAAACUUUGGUACAUUGCCGACUGGUGAAGUCAUAG